GGCCGCCUCAUAUCGCCGCGAUUACGCACACACGCUCGAGAGAGUCGCGGCGAGCGGUCCCAACGUCCGCGAUCCCGUAGAUCGCCCGCGAUCGCCUGCGACGCGUCUUCGCGCGCGCGCGUCGGGAGUCUGCCGCCGGGACCGAUCCACGCUGAUCGAGGCCGGAGCCGAUUCCGAGAGUGCGUCUUUUGUGCGCGGCCCUCGCCUUCCUCCGGGAGAAAAAGGACCCCUCGCGAGUGAACCUGCAUUCAGAUCGACAGCGAUCGAGACGUCUUCUAAAUGGUUCGAGCGAACCGAAGUCUCGUGCUUGAAUCUUAAAGAUCUAAUUUGUGGAUUUUUGUGCGUCGACUUUUUCUUCUUUUUUGAAGCUCGUGAGGAAUAUUGAAAUUUUUGGAGAGAAUUUUGCACACUGGGGAUAAGAUGUAAACGAAUGUGGGAGGGAUGCUGAUCGAUAGAAAAUUUCUUAGUCCACCGACUUUGUGUGUUAAGUGAUUCAUUCUUUCAGAUGAUUGCGAGAGAAAGAGUGAAGUCGAAGUCGACGGGAUUGAAGUACGGUGGGAAAGUACGAUCUGCAAUUCGUAUCAUGCGAAAUCGUUUCUCGAUAUCGCAAAGCGAAAAGAGACUACUCCGAUAUAUAGAUCAUAAUUUUCAUAGUGAUUGAUCAUAAUUCACGCUGGAGCAUCGUUUCUUUCCAACUCGGAGGCAUGUACAAAAUCCUUUCGAUUCGAACUUCUAAUACAAUUCAGAUCAGGCCGUUCAAUGUUCCAUUAAGUUCGCAAUCACAAAGUGUAAUCACAAAAAAAAAAAAAUCGUAAAUCGUUCAUUGCAAUCGUAAUUCGCGGGUUCUUUUUCGAUGUUUAGACUCGCGUGACAGCGCGAUCAGGUGAUAAACCGGAAAGAAACGAUUUGAAGGCGGAAUCUGGAGGAAGUAAGGUAUCUAGAUUUGUAGAACGACUGCGUUGUGCUGCGAUGUGUGCCACGGAUAUACGUUGUGCCAGCGCGCGCGGUUGAGUAAGAUCGACUCGGUGAUUUGACUGGAUCUCUCCUUCAUGAUCGGGAUUGAGAUUGCUGAUUUUCCCGAGUGAUUGCCGCGAACGUCGCGGUGUGUGUGCACAUGUAUGUGGUGAACGCGGGUGCACCGACGAAAAUCCGCCGGUUCUCGACUGCCGAGUGUUCGACUGCUGGUGAUACAUUUCCCUGACGGAUUUCUGAUCAUGGAUCUGCUUGCUGUCGCUCAGCGAUUGUUGACUUUUUCAAGUGGAAUCGCGCGAAGGGCAUUGGCGAAAGUAUUUUCAAUCAUCUGCAGUAGGUGAGGGAAGGAUGAAGAAUGCCCCGCGCUGGCGGAGGAGACGGGGAUAGCGGGCCCCAGAGAACAGGAGGGGGUGGUUUUGGAGGAUGGCUGGGUGGUGCUGCAAGGGCUAUGACGGGCGGAGGCGUCGGUGGAUACGUCGUUCUGGGUGGCACCAGAUAUGGUCUGCGAAUAUCUCAGGAAAGUUUGACACCGAUCAACUCCAGGGAGGAGUCGCAGGAACGGCGGCGGAAACGGAACUCGCGUGAGAGCGACUCGCGGGAGCGGUUGACCGACAAACCGGUGACGGAAAAGCCGCCGAUCGAUCUGACGGCGAGCAUCGCCGAUUGCUGCUGCAUUGGCCCGCGAUCGCGACUUCCGCUCCCACGGAUCUCGCCGGCGAUCACCUCCUCUUCGACCGCAUCCACGAUCGUGACGUCCGCGGCGUCGUCCGCGGCGUCGUCCGCGUCGUCGUUGUCGGUGUCGUCGGCAUCGUGCCCUUCGAUCGUCACCAGUGGUUACCCGUCCGGAGGCAUCGCCGGCGGCUGUUCGCCGCCUCUUCCUGCUUCCACCACGAGCGUCGCGGAGACGACGCCGACGCUCGCUAAUAAUAGUCGCGGCGCGGUGCAAACAUCGGUGGGGAACAUCGGCAGCACCGGCCAGCAGCAGCAACAGCCACAGCACCACCACUACCAACAGCAUUAUCCACAAGCAGCGGUGGCGGUGGUAACAUCAUCGUACUCGCCACCGACGACGACGCCGUGCUCACCCUCGACGUCGCUCGGCUACUCGUCCGGCGUCCCGACGACAACGCAGACCGUCUCCGUGCCGCGGCAGCUCGCGCAGUGGACGAAACAUCAGACACUCAAGCUGCAGUCAAUCAAUCUGAUUUUUCGCUGUCCUCAGACGGGCUCGAAUCCAAGUGGCCGCGAGGGUCGAGCAUCUCAUCGCAACUACACAUAUAGCGAGGGUAGCCAACAUGGCAGUAAUCAACACUCUCAGCAGCAUCAACAGCAACAGAAGCAGCAGCAGCAGCAGCAGCAGCAGCAGCAGCAGUAUCAGCAGGAGAAUCCGAAGACGAUGGUUCGCAGUGAAAGUGUCAGUGAAGAGUGUCUCAGUGAUCGCUUGGGAAACAACGCGUACCGGAAGUCCUGCCACGACUCGAGGAAGACCUCGAGAUCGGGCAGGUCCGAGAGAAACAGUGAUGACGUCAGUGAUCUCAGAAGCGAACCGAACGCCCGUACGGAGGCGGCGAAACACUUGAGACAGUAUAGUGAUUCCGUGGUGGACAGUGCUACGAGUGUGGAUGAUUUGUGCGAUAACUUGAACGCCGCUUCCGUCGGCGGCAACGAGGGGGAGGCUCGGGAUGCCAUCACCAGACUGGAGCCGCGUGGGUUGCUCACCUUUCACAGAUCCGGCGCGCCCUACAGGAGUGCCUCCUUCGGCCAGGUGGACUUUAAUCAAGACGCAGAUUUUACUUUCAGCGCGAACUCGCACUUUCCUCCUCCAGCGAAUCGACAGAAAACUCAGCCGAUCGUGACGUCUAAUCGCUCCGAGACCAAAGACGUUCGAGCGAGCACCUUGCCUCGUCGUCGGGGUGAUGUCACCCCAGGUGACUCGACACCUCAAAACAGCCCCAAUCGACAGAGUCCGAGGACGUCGACGCCCAGCGUCGACAGUGCUGUCGGCUCUGCCGAGGGUCUGGGUGUUUCUCAACAAGGGAACCACGAGGAGAUCCGACCCAGAAGUGAUGGCUCAGAUAGUUUGGCGACUUCCAGCGCACUCACAAGCCCGGAACCUCUGGUUUCGGAGACGAACCAAAUCGAGCCCAGGGUUGAUUUGAACCAAACAGAUGCGACUACUGUUGAAGUCAGCCAUGAGUCCGUAUAUCCGAUGAUUGAAGGAAACAUUGUGGAGGAAACUAUUCAAAAAGAGACUAGAAUAGAGCCGCACGAGGUGAUCAUCACACCACCUCCGGAGGAGCCGCGAUUGAGCCAAGCGAGCGAAGGCAGCGAGGCACCGAGCGAGACGCCCUCGGAGGCGUCCUCGCCAUCCGGCAAGGCGAGACGAUACCGAGGCGACACCAGCAAGAGGAGGAAGGGCGUGUACAUAACUCAAUGGCCAGAACCCUUGGACGCGGAGAGGAACAAGCUGUCGGCUCAGAGCAGCGAGGAGAGAGACGAGCCACCUGCGACGCCUAGCGACCUGUCCGACUGCGAGGGCCACACGCCUCGAAGGUACAGCAAGAGACCACUUCGCGGACCCUAUGGGCAGAUGCUGGAGGCCGAGAUGGCAAAGCCGCGCACCACCGACAUCGCGUUGGAGGAGGGCCUUCGUCCUCGUAGAAAGAUCUCCGCGAAUCUCUCGUACAACACGAGCAGCAACAACAACAGCGGCUCCGAGCCGCCCACGCCCUGCCACCAUCGGACGACCUCCAGCCCGACUAAACUCGAGGGACUUCCGGGACCGAGUCCUGAGCUGCUCGCGGAGCUGCUGAGAGGGUCCUCGGAGAGGGUGGCUCGCGCACCGGCACAUCGAAACGACACGAGGACUCACGUGGUUGUGGAGCUUUACGAUACAGAACGCUCUUAUGUGGAGGCGCUACAGAUACUAGUCAAUAAAUACUUACAGCCCUUGAAAAGCCCCGAGAAUGCUGGUCUGGCGGAUGCCGGAACAGUCGACGAGAUAUUUUAUCAGAUUCCUGCGCUUCUCAGUCAUCAUGAAGUAUUCUUGGAGGAGUUGCGUAGGCGACUAGACACCUGGGAACUUAAGCAGACGAUCGGCGACGUCUUCCUCGAUGUGUUCACAAAGCCAGUGGUGCUGGAGACAUACACCCUGUUUCUGGACAAUUGGAAGUCUGCGAGGAAGGCGAUAAAAACAACGUGCCAAGCGAAGCCGGCCUUCGCACGAUUUCUCGAGACAAUGGAGCGCGAGCACAAGGGCAAAUUGGGACUGGACCAGCUGCUGAUCAAACCCGUGCAGAAGAUUCCGAGAUACGAAUUGUUGAUCCAGAGAUUGCUAAAGCACACGGAUCCGACGCAUCCCGAUUACGAACUGCUGCAGGCCGCACAGAAAGAAGUGCAUGAACUGGUCGUGAAAAUCAACUGUACGGAAAGAGAGUCGCUCGAAUGGGAGCAGCAGCAGACCACGUUAAGGGAGGUUCAAGCUCUCGUCGAGGGUCUCGCUGGCAUCGUAACGAAUGACAGAGCUUUCGUCCGACACGAUCUGGUCACCAUAGCGUCGAAUCAGGGCACACGGAAGGAGCGAGCUUUAUUUUUGUUCUCCGAUCUCCUCGUCAUCACCAGUAUCAAGCGCAGAAGUGGCACGAUAAGGAAGCCGUCAACAAGUACCUGUCCGAAUAGUCUGGUCGGUUUGCUUGAUGCAAACAAGUACAAAAUGCUGAUGCGAAUUCCGCUGGAUGAUCUCGAAGUAAUGAAAGCCAAAGACGAAAAUUUAAGGCGAAUGGCGCGCGAAGUGGAUUAUCUCCGAGAAGACUGCACAAAGUUGACUCAGCUGCAGGAGCUUGCUGCGACUUUGCAUGGAGCUAAGCAGCAGUUGGAAGAUCUUAUCAAAGAUAUGCUGAGUCAUGCCCAGCGGCAACUGGCCGAAAGGAACGCCGCACAUUCGCAGCUGGCUUGCCUAGAACUUACACUUAAUACUCAAGCCGGUAUCGAGAAUAUAUCCGUCAUGUUCGCGAAGCCUGACAAACGUGCAAGCUGGGAAGAAAGUUUUAAUGAAGCCAAACAGAAGCUCGCGCUAUCAGCUGACAGGAGACCGUGUCCUGAAUUUGUGGGACCUUUACCGAUUAGAAAAACGCGAGCGGGUCUCCAGUUCACCUGUGCGGCGCCAACAUUGGCGAACGGGCAGGGGUCGAAGGAUGUCUGGGUUUGCAACAGCGACGGUUACGUCGGUCAGGUGUGCGUGUUGAGUCUUAGUCCAGAACCUCCACAAGUAACAUCCUGCAACGGAGUCUGCAACGCCAGAAUACUCUGCGUCGCUGGAAUACCCGCCUGCACACCUGGUUCAAACUCGUGCACGUCGAACAAUAGUCCGUUCGGUAACAGCAAAAGCGGUAUAAGUAUAUCGGUGCAAGAUGUGGAUGCCAGUGGUGGUAACAUACAGUUAGACAGUAGCUCGAGCUCCGACGACUCGGACUCGGACGACAUUCCAUGCGCAGAUACGGGCAGCGUAACGCUGAGUGGCGAUGUAUCGACUAUCGAAAAUACUACUACAGAGGAGGACGCGAAUCAACCCACAAUGUGGUUGGGAACUGAGGACGGUUGUAUCCACGUGUACAACUGCAACGACAACAUCCGGAUCAAGAAAAACAAAGUGAAGAUUCAGCAUGGCAGCAGUGUGCACUGCAUCAUAUAUCUGGACAACAAAGUGUUCGUGUCACUUGCCAACGGAGACAUUACUGUUUACGUUCGAGAUCAUACCAGUGGAUGGAACACGCCUGAUCCAACAACGGUGUCCGUUGGAACGGUAGCGUCGCCGGUGACCAAAAUGUUGUCCGUCUCCGGAAAACUCUGGUGCGGUUGCCACAACAGCGUGAAAGUUUUGAAUACUCAUACUCUAGACAUUGAGCAUACGUUCACUGUGAGCAGCGACACGAGCCGCGCCGUUUCGUGUAUGGCGAAUUCUGGAGGAUUAGGCGUCUGGAUUUCCUUACACAAUAGCGCUGUGCUGAGGCUUUUCCAUUCCAGUACAUACGAAUGCUUGACGGAUAUCAAUAUCGCGCCAGCUGUCACCAAAAUGCUUGCCAGUUGCGAUGACAUAAUUCGGCAGCACAAGGCCGCAUGUCUCAGGGUCACCGCACUAUUGGCUUGCAACGAGUUGCUUUGGAUCGGUACGAGCGCUGGCGUGCUGCUCACCGUGCCAAUUCCCCAUAUAAAGCCAUCUACUCAGAGGAUGUCGCAGCCACCGAUCGUAACUGGAAUUCCUCACGGACACACAGGACACGUGCGUUUUCUCACUUGCGUGGAAACGCCGAAUCCUUCGAAACCAGAUCCUCGUCCGAAGGUAAAUCGUUAUUCAUUGAAAUCGAACAAAACGCAGCAGAACAACAUCAAUCGCGGCAAACUCCUGAUUAUAUCUGGCGGGGACGGUUAUGAGGAUUUCCGCGGUCCUCAAGCGUCCGCCGAAUUACAGGCCGGUCGCGAGGACUCUACAAAUCAUCUACUGCUGUGGAAAGUGUGAUACAAUAGAGAACGACCCCAGACAAGGGUCGUGGUAAAUGAAAGCCGGCAUGACACGCCGUGGGAAUCGUUAUUGUAUGCGCAGCACGCAGGCGGACGCCAAUGCCGUCGUCUGAUCGCGGCGGAUCAGGACGCAUCGGCGCGCCGGGUUUUCAGGGAACGCGGAAGGGUUCUCUGGCUGGUAUUAGCCGAGUGGAUCAAGAGCAAGAUGCGGGAACUGCAUUAUUUCCAGGAUAUGAAGAAGUAUCGGCUGCAGCUCGCACGGGAGUCCGACUGAUCGAGAACGAUCACGGACCCUGCCGUUGUCAUCGUUGUACGAUCUAAUGAAUGGAUCCGCUAUUUCUUGAACAUCAUCAGUCACGUGAUCUGAUGCUCUGACGCGAAAUCGUUUUACCUAAUGACGCGUGCUCGAUGGCCGUGGACGUCUCUCUCUCUCUCUCUCUCUUCUUGUUUUCUUGAACGUACGUCGGAAAUUAUUUGAAGAUAUAAUGCAUAAUGAAACAAUGUUGUUAUGUGAUAUUUAGAUCUGAAUGUUUGAAAAGUAUUUCUUUUUAUUAUACAAAUUGUUAAAUUAUUAGUAGUUCGCGUUAAAUAGAAACACGAUUUAGAAGAUUAUGUGUACUUAUCUGAAUUUAUCGAUAUCUGCGAUACUUGUACGUAUUUGAAAUACAUUAAAUAUUUCUGUGGGUUGAGCACAUGCCUUUGGUAAAUUAACAAUGCUGGAUGAAGUGUGGGAUUCAAUCUUAUGUUGGAAAUGGUAGGAUCUGAUUCUUGAUGUAAUUCUGAAUGUCGAUGUAUGUUUGUUAUACACACGAGGACAUAGUCUCGGAAACGGCCCACAUGUUAAGCUAAAUAUUCCCAAACAACACGAAAGUUUAAGAGACAUCCUAUGAGGACUAUUUAUAAGAAAUUUAACAGCUUUUUUAAGUACCUUUACGAUGCUUUUUAGACAUUUGUGUUGUUCGGGUUUUUAAUCCAUGUACAUUUUCUUUUAACUACUUUUUAAUAUCCUAUCUCUUUAAAAUGGUAACAAAUUACUCAAUCAAACUUCUAAGGGAAAGAAUAUUAGGAAAAAGUUAAAUUAUAUAUAAAAGAUAUAGGAAGUGUAAAUUAAAUUAAGAACAGAAUUUCCAUUUUUCGGAUCGGAUUAUUAUCAAAUAAAUUAUCGACGCUGAAAAAUCGAUGAAAUACGGUACCUGGCAGGGCGUUGAAUCGAGCUUAUACAUGUGCAAAUGUGUCAACUUUGGCCUACAUCAAUUAACAAAUAUAGAGAUCUAUAUUUCUUACGAAUACUGAAGUGCCAAAAAGAAGAAAAAGAGAAAAAAAAAGAGAAUAAAUUUGCUUCCCCAUUUGUCGAUCGACUGCGAAAGUACUGACGUACUUCAUUAUUUCCAGUACGUGGUAUAAUGUAAUUCGAUGUGCUUUUUUUUCGUGUUAAUUGUUUAAGAGUUUAUCGAAUUGUGUAAAUCAAGUGCGUUGAAAUUCAAAAUAUACGGAUAUUUAUUUAAAGAAGACGAAGAGCAAAAAAAGAGAAAUUUAAAGCUUUCACGUAUUAGAGAUGACUGUUUAUAUUUUAUCCAUACGUAUGUGUGAGUAUGUACGUGUAUGGACUUUAUUGUCUUCUGAUUAAAACUACCAGUCAGUAAAAAUCAAUUUACAAUUGUAAACUAAUUAAAGUGCCAAUAAUGAUUUUGUCACAAAUUUGCCAACAUAUAUAUAUAUCUUUCUUUCUUUAAAAAAAUUGUAUUUUUACAAAUUAAUUAAAUAUUAAAUUUCUUUUAAUAUUUGACUCGACAAGAUAUAUUCAAGGAAUCUUUGAUAAUAAGGAAUUUUAAUAAAAAGAAAACUUAAAA